UCAGCUCCCGGCUAGCUCAGUCAAGUUCACUCACCACCCGCCCUGUUCUCAGCUCGCUCACUCACGCUCACUCACCGUCCGCUCAACUCUCGACUCGCUCAUUCACGCUCACUUACCGUCCGCUCAGCUCUUGGAUCGCUCAGUCAAGUUCAUUCACCAUCCGCCCAGUUCUCAGCUCGCUCACUCACGCUCACUGACCAUCCGCUCAGCUCUCGUCUCGCUCAUUCACGCUCACUCACCGCCCGCUAAGCGUCUUGCAUUCUUAGGGCCCUUCCUUAUCUUCCAUCACCCCCGUGUGUCAACCGAGCGGAUGAACACGAAAUUGACAGCCGGAUAGCUGAUUCAAAGAGAUCAUUGGUGCACUGCUCAGCGCAAGAAAUAUGUAAACAGAAACCAAUUAAUUACUCGGGAAAAUCACUAAGUGUCGACGCAUUGUUUUCUGCAAUAUUUUUCGCUGAAGGUCCCGAUGCGUAAAACAGAGGUUCCGUAAUCGUGCGAAGUAAAAUUCGUGCGAAGUAAAAUUCGUGCGAAGAAGUUCGGAUGUUUAUUUAAUUAGUGAGCGUAGGCAAAUGGGCCGCUCACUACUCAGUUCAUAGCCCCACUGGCCACUCAGCCCCAGACUCGCGCACUCACGCUCUGUCACUGGCCGCUCAACUCUCGAAUCGCGCGCUCACGCUCACUCAGUGCGCACUCACGGUCACUUACUCACUGCACACUCAGCUCUUGGCUCGCUCACUCACGCUCAGUCACUACCCAUUCACUUCUCGGCCCGCUCAGUCAUGCUCACUCACAUCCAGCUCAGCUCUCGGCCCGCUCACUCACGCUCACUCACCGCCCGUUCAACUCACGGCUCGCUCACUCGGGUUCACUCAUGGUCCGCUCAGCUCUCGGCUCGCUCACUCAAACUCACUCACGCUCAGUUCAUUAGGCCAAUUGAGCGUGAGUGAGCAUGAGUGAGCGCGCUCAUGAGUGAGUUUUGCCGAGGUCUAGUCACAAUAACAGGAUGCAGCUUGCGCACGGUUUGCUUCGCAUUUUAGCCCCACAAACCACGCAGUACAACAUUGGAUGUCAGUCAAAUAUUGGGCCAACAUUGGCAAUGUCGGCAUAAAGUUGAACCAAGGAUGAAUCAAUAUUGGUCGAAUAUUUGGGCCAAGAUGUUGUGCUGCUUGAAAAAGGGCAGCUCGCGUGGCCUUGUGGUUAACGUGCUGUCCAGGUCACGCCAAGACCGGUUUGACUACCGGUGCCGGCGAUGCUGCCUGAGGUCUUAUAUUACAGCCUGAGCCUUAUAUAGCUGCCUGAGACAAAAUAAUCUCCCUCGAUUACUGUGUGUCUCGUCUGCCAUUGAUCGUCACCCCUUGACGGUCGCGCGUUCUUUACGUAACGACAAAUGACAGGCAAAGACACAAAGAAAUUGAGGUGUUUGCUGGGUUCUCCUCGGACGCUGUGAGACAUAUGUCGGCACACUUCCCUUCCCUCACAAGUCUGCCCUGGACGCAGAUUCCCCGGCACGGCUGUCAGAAUGUGUGUGCGCCUGUUUGCCGCUAUAUACGGUGUUGCUCGAAUGGAGGAACGCGACACCGCGGUGUUCCCAUAAUUAUUUCACAAACUCUACCCGUUGAUGGCUGAGAGGGGUGAACACCAUCCGUCUUGGUACCGAUAAAUGAAGAGGCGAAGUGCAGGAGAGGUCUCCUGUCGUUUUGUCCCAGAGAUAAAUUCUACAAGGCACGUCUCGCGUGUGUGUUUCUGCGUGUGCUUCGAGUCGCUUUAAUGCCGAAUCAACUUCACAAAGUGGGCUGUGUGGACUGUACGAGUGAAACGACAAAAAAGUACUGAAGUAACAAGAAUAUUAGACAGAAGAAGACCGAAAACAAAUUAUACGACGACAACGGAAUAACAGAGCAAGUCUCUGGAAAAGGCAGGUGACUAUAUCGGAUUAUGUACAGAACUCACUAUAUUCAUGCAUUUUCAUACAAACUAUGCCGCAGCGUUCCAAACAUGCGCUUUUAUGCAGCAUAGUACCCUUCUAAUCAGUUCCGAACCCGGUCAAAAACUGUCCCAUCGCCUAUUUUCAUCUCCCAGGUACGAAACGAAGACAUGCCUGUGCACGCAAGUCCACGUACUGCUAUCCCAACGAAGGCUUCUGAAGGGUGUUUGACAUGAUGUUUUGCAUUGGAUGUUUUGCAUGAGGGGUAUUUUGCGUGGGUAGUUCUGCCGGGCUACCUGGAUCUUUGAACAAGACCUGCGUUGCGCCUGUUCUUCGUCUUUAGGAAGAGGCAUAAUUAUUUUUGUAACGUCAUGCAACGUAGAUGAGAUAGGUGAAUUUGAAUUGAAUUUAACGGACCAAGCAGCUCUCGUGCGACACACAUCAAGGCUGUAAAACAGAGCUCAGCGCGAGGUCCCUUACCAGGCCUCUUUCAACAGCGAUAAAUGUUAAUGUUAAAUCAGGUCCGUAUAACGAAUUUGGUUGGUAUAUUUUGUUUACUUUUGACCGUACCGAUGUGCAGUGCAUGACUUAUGCACUGGAGAUUUACGUAUCUUUGCAUUUACGUUCAUUGGUGAAUCACGUUGCAGUUGCGUUGUGUGCGUAUUGUGUAUACCUUGCACCCAACGUCUAUGACUUGAUGGUGCUACAACCACAAGGAAAUAAUUGAAUUCGUGUUUCAACCAUCUCUUCCAGUAUGUUGCUUUACGGCAAGGACUGCGUUCCCCUUCGACUCGUAGAGAAAGGAUGCGAUGCUUGGAUUCUCGCAAGUUCCGAAGAAAUGUGGAGCAAGCGAAUAUUGGCUGCAUGUGACCCAUCGACCUCGAAGUGCGACGUUGCUCCGAAGUGCAGCGAAGAAACGGCGAUUGACGCCGACACUGAGUGCGGCAAAAAAUACAGACAGGAACAUGGACUUACUACUGUAAAACCUGACGGAAAGUCAGACGAUGCAGAUAUGAGCCCCGAGAUGCACAAACAACAGUGCUGUUCCAUGGAAUACAGUACGCAGUGCGUUCCCGAAGUACUCAAACGGAAAGGAUGCAGUGAUGAGAUUGCCGCGUCUUUCAUUGCACAGAGGAAGAAGCUAAUGGUGGUAAUGUGUGGAACGUCGAUGGGGCAUAUAAUACAUGCCAUGUGGACUUUGGCAACAUCGAUCUUUGUGAUGUCGGUGGUAACAAGCUGCUGUUACAAAAGCAUCUGCUAGAUUAACUUCCCAUUAAAAUAAUGAUUAUUGUCA